UCAAUAGACAAUUAUGAGAAUUGGGAUAAAAAUUAUGACGAUGAUGAUGAACAAGAAAAACGGAUGGAAAUGUCAACGCUGGUUACUAUAGGACAACAACUUUUGAAUAAUAAUACAAACAUACCUUCUACCUGUAAAGAUCAAACGAUGGCAACAGAAAUGAUGAAUCGGAAUAUCACGAUGCUUUAA